CUCGAUAGAGAUUUGUGCGACUCCUUUGUCCCCUUCUGAGUAGAUCAUCGGAAUGGGCAGGAAAUGCUCGUACUGUGGAAACCUGGGUCACAAUUCGAGGACUUGUAAUAUUAUUCAGAGAGGUGGCCUUGAUGGUGUUGGUGGUGGCCUCAAGAUCUUCGGGGUGCAAUUAUUUGAUCCUCUUCCUCCUCUUCCUUCUUCUUCACCUACUAGUUACGGUCAUGGCAUGAAAGGAAGUUUCAGCUUGGACUGCUUGCCGUCUUCCCAGAACGCCUUCAUGCCUACCACUUCUCCCUCCUCCUCCUCCUGCUCCUCACGUUCUCUGCUUGAACUCAACGACAAUUCAGAUCAUAAAAUGUCUGAUUCUUAUCUAGCCGGAACCCUAAGGAAGAAUAAAGGAGUGCCAUGGACGGAGGAGGAGCACCGGAUAUUUCUGACAGGGCUGAAGAAGCUGGGGAAGGGUGACUGGAGAGGCAUCUCUAAGAACUUUGUGACAACAAGAACACCAACCCAAGUGGCCAGUCAUGCACAGAAAUAUUUCCUCCGUCAGAAUCACGCCAAGAAAAGAAAGCGCUAUCAAACCCUCCUUCAUGUGGUGGGGGGACAGAAUAAUAACACAGUGAAAGCAGUAACAAAUUCUUGCUCAGCUGUUGGUGCUUCUGAGACUAUGAACAUGGAUGUCGGUUGCAGCAGCCACAGCAAUAGCACAAGGAUGUGUCUCUCACGGUGGCUUUCAAGUUAUCAUUCAGUGCUUAAUUGGGCUGCCUCUUCACCAAAGUGCGCUACUUUUCAAGGCUUAGAACCUGAUUUAGAACUCAAACUAGCGACUCCGCGCCUUCUUUAAGUUUAAUUAAGUUGACGUGUAAUAGUACAUGGACUAAGCAUAAUGUUACGAGAUUGUAAUUCUUGUUCUGCUACGUGUGCAUAUGUAUUAUCAUUAACUUUAAGCAUUAUGCAUAUUUUAAUUUCUA